AUGGAUGUGUGGGUUGGGGGGCUUUGCAAUCUGAACGAUAAUCGGCAGGACACAAAAACGUGUCAUUAAACAUCUGAGAUCUUUGAACUUUGCACUAAAAUAAACCGGAUUUCGUAUACUAUAAGCAUUCACAUGGGUGCCACUAGGUCUGCCAAUGCCAUUUUUUUGCGUGUGGCAUCAAUAAUGUGGCGGGCAUAUAAAAUGUGGUCCUGGCGACACGCCAAUCAGUAGUCGGCCCCAAAAUGCUGCUCGACACGGACCUGGCCAGUGGAGUGAUCCGCUCGCCAUAUAGUUUUGACAUCCCGCACGCUUUUAUCUUCAACGAAUCGCAGUUCGUGGAGCCCAAAUUCUGUGGACCCUACAUGGAGAUAGUGAAGCACUUCGCGCAGGUGUACCACUACAAGCUGUUUCUCGAUACUCUCGACAGUUUGCCCAAGAAAUCGGUGGUGGAGCAGGACAUUAUCCACGGCAAGUACAACCUCUCGCUCCAUGGCGUGAUCAUUCGGCCAGAGACGACCACUGACUUCACCACUGACGCCACCAAGCACAGUUAUCCGCUGGAGCUGAUGACGAACUGCGUCAUGGUGCCCCUUGCUCCUGAGUUGCCCAAGUGGAUGUACUUGGUGUGGCCGCUGGGCAGGUACAUCUGGUCCUGCCUAUUCCUCGGCACCUUCUACGUGGCGCUCCUGCUGAGGUAUGUGCACUGGCGGGAGCCAGGUAAAGCCACCCGAUCCUAUACCAGGAACGUGCUCCACGCCAUGGCCCUGCUGAUGUUCAGUCCCAACAUGAACAUGUCUGUGAAGCUGAAGCACGCCUCGCUGCGCGUAAUUACCUUCUACACGCUACUCUACGUCUUUGGUUUCAUCCUGACCAACUACCACAUCAGCCACAUGACCGCGUUCGAUAUGAAGCCUGUGUUCCUGCGGCCCAUCGACACCUGGUCGGAUGAUCCACUCGAGACUGCGGAUCGUUAUCCACGAUUCGCUGCUGGAAGAGCUGCGCUGGCUACCGGUGGUGAAUACCACCUCGUUGGAUCCGCAGUUCGAUGCGCGCAGCUGACAGGAGUACCAGGCCCUGCUGGCGAGUCCAUCGCGUUCCUACGCCUAUGUGGUCACCCAGGAUGCCUGGCUGUUCUUCAACCGGCAGCAGCGGGUGCUCAUCCAGCCGUACUUCCACCUGUCCAAGGUGUGCUUCGGCGGUCUCUUCAACGCCCUGCCCAUGGCCUCCAAUGCCAGCUUUGCCGAUUCCCUGAACAACUUUAUUCUCAACGUUUUUCAGGCUGGCUUGUGGAAUUACUGGGAAGAGCUAGCCUUUCGCUAUGCCAAGCAGGCUGGCUAUGCGAGAGUUUUCCUGGACACAUAUCCCGUGGAAUCACUGAACCUGGAGUUCUUUACCACGGCCUGGAUUGUCAUGACCGCGGGAAUACCCAUUAGUUCGCUGGUUUUCUGUUUGGAGCUUUACGUGCAUCGUCGAAAAGAGAGGCGUUUGCAGUAUGACCGAUUCGAGUGCUACGAUUACUAAACUAUGGAAAGUUGUUUAUACAAAGCGAAACUGAAAUUUUUUUAUGGGUUCAAAAUUAAAUAUGUUAAUUAAAUAGUUAAGUUUAUAAGGCUCAUUUUCUAGUUACCUGACAAAGAGGAAAUGGUAUUGUACUCAAUUAUCAAGGGCUUAGUUAUCAUACAGCUUAAAUGCGAUUUUAAUAACUUUGAUUCACAGAA